CCCCGCCCUUCGCCCCCCCCCCUCCCUUCUUCUCGUCCGCCAUCAGCCGCUGUCUUCUGCGGCCCGGUGCGGUAAACAGCAGCGACCGGUGACCGCUUGUUGGGCAAACCUGAGUUUGAUUUCCUCGGCUUCGGGGGACCACACGACGUUAUGGCCGACGACGGAGGCGAGGUGGCGGCCCCGCCGUUGGCCGUGCAGAACGUGGCCGAGCCCGUGGUGCUGCAGAACUUCCUGCGGAGCCUGGUGCCGCUGCUGCUCGAGAAUGGAGGGCGCGAGGCGCCGGGACUCUCGGCGGCGCUCGAGGACAAGCAGAGCGUGGAGGUGAUGAAGAAGUUCCUGGCGGACGCGCAGGUGCACACGCUGCUCGUGGAGAGGACCAUGCUCAAGGAGGAUGUGGGCGAAGAUGAAGAAAAAGAGACCGCCGCCUUCUACAAAAUCACCAGCGACGUCCAUUACGGCAUCAAGUCGAACAGCCUGGCCUUUGUUAAGCGCUCGGCUGUGAUCGACGCCGACAAGCCCAUCAGGAAUCAGCUGCGUGUGAUGACGCUGAGCGACGACUCACCCUACGAGACUCUGCACUCGUACAUCAGCAACACCGUGGCGCCCUUCUUCAAGUCCUACAUCCGCGAGACGAGCAGGGCCGACAGGGACGGCGACAAGAUGGCGCCGUCGGUGGAGAAGAAGAUUGCGGAGCUGGAGAUGGGUCUCCUGCACCUGCAGCAGAACAUCGAGAUCCCCGAGAUCAGCCUGCCCAUCCAUGCCACCGUGAGCUCUGUGCUGCGGCAGAGUCUCGAGCGCGACGAGAAGGCCAAGGUGGCGGAUUUUGGCGACCGUGUGGACGACGCCACCUUCCUCAACCAGCUGCAGGCUGGCGUCAACCGCUGGAUCAGGGAGAUCCAGAAGGUCACAAAACUGGAUCGCGAUCCGGCUUCGGGAACGGCGCUGCAGGAGAUCAGCUUCUGGCUGAACCUGGAGCGAGCGCUCUACCGCAUCCAGGAGAAACGAGAGAGCCCCGAGGUGCUGCUUACGCUCGACAUCCUCAAGCAUGGAAAGAGAUUCUUCGCCACUGUCAGCUUCGACACCGACACGGGCCUAAAACAGGCCCUUGAGAUGGUGAACGACUACAACCCUCUCAUGAAGGACUUCCCUCUCAACGACCUCCUCUCGGCCACGGAGCUCGACCGCAUCCGUGUGGCGCUGCUCGCCAUCUUCACCCACCUGCGCAAGAUUCGCAACACCAAAUACCCGAUCCAGCGUGCCCUGCGGCUGGUCGAGGCCAUCUCGCGCGACCUCAGUGCACAGUUGCUCAAGGUGCUGGGCACGCGCAAGCUCAUGCACAUCUCCUACGAGGAGUUCGAAAAGGUGAUGGUGGUGUGCUUCGAAGUGUUCCAGACAUGGGACGACGAGUACGAGAAGCUGCAGGUGCUGCUGCGUGAUAUCGUGCGGCGCCAGCGGGAUGAGCACCUCCGCAUGGUGUGGCGCAUCACUCCCGCGCACCGUCGCCUGCAGGCCCGGCUGGAGCAGAUGCGCAAGUUCCGUCGGCAGCACGAGCAGCUGCGCGCCGUCAUCGUGCGUGUUCUGCGCCCCCAGCAGAGUGCUCCAAGCUCCCAGCCGAGCGGCACCGAGCUGGUGGAGCAGGGCAUCGGCGACGCCCUCAAUGCCGCCGACGCCACCGCCAUCGAGGAGGUGAACCUGGCCUACGAGCACGUGAAGGAGGUGGACGGCCUGGACGUGUCGAAGGAGGGCUCGGAGAUGUGGGAGGGGGCCAUCAAGCGCUACGAGGAGCGCAUCGACCGAGUGGAGACGUGCAUCACGUCGCGGCUGCGCGACCAGCUCGGCACGGCCAAGAACGCUAAUGAGAUGUUCCGCAUCUUCUCGCGCUUCAAUGCCCUCUUCGUGCGCCCGCACAUCCGCGGGGCGAUCCGCGAGUACCAAACACAGCUCAUCCAGCGCGUCAAGGACGACAUUGAGUCUCUGCACAACAAGUUCAAAGUGCAAUACCCGCAGAGCCAGGCGUGCCGCAUGAGCCACGUGCGCGACCUCCCGCCCGUGUCGGGCUCCAUCAUAUGGGCGAAGCAGAUUGACCGGCAGCUCACGGCUUACAUGAAGCGCGUGGAGGACGUGCUGGGCAAGGGCUGGGAGAACCACGUGGAGGGCCAGAAGCUGAAGCAGGACGGCGACUCGUUCCGCGUGAAGCUGAGCACGCAGGACAUCUUCGAUGACUGGGCUCGCAAGGUGCAGCAGCGUAACCUCGGCGUGACGGGCCGCAUCUUCGCCAUCGAGUCCACGCGCGCGCGCACCCGCUCGGGCACGGUCCUCAAGUUGAAGGUGAACUUCCUGCCUGAGAUCAUCACGCUGUCGAAGGAGGUGCGCAACCUCAAGUGGCUGGGCUUCCGCGUGCCGCUCGCCAUCGUCAACAAGGCGCACCAGGCCAACCAACUGUACCCGUUCGCGAUCUCGCUCAUCGAGAGCGUGCGCACGUACGAGCGCACGUGCGAGCGCGUUGAGGAGCGCCAGAGCAUCGCGCUGCUUGUCGCGGGGCUCAAGCGGGAGGUGCAGGGGCUCGUCGCCGAGGGAGUCGGACUAAUUUGGGAGUCGUACAAGCUCGACCCCUACGUGCAGCGCCUCGCUGAGACCGUCGUCAACUUCCAGGAGAGGGUGGACGACCUGUUGCUCAUCGAGGAAAAGAUUGACCUGGAGGUGCGGUCCCUGGACACGUGCGCCUACGACCAAAAGAACUUCUUGGAGAUCCUGGGACGGGUGCAGAAGGCGGUUGACGACCUCAACCUGCACUCCUACUCCAACCUGCACAUCUGGGUCACCAAGCUGGAUACCCAGAUCGAGACGAUAUUGGGCACGAGGCUGGAGGCUGGGAUUCGCGCCUGGAUUCAGGCGCUGCAGGGCCACGGCGACGACAAGGCCGACACGGACGCUGACACCGAAGUGCCGUCAGCUGGACACAAGCCCGGCGGGGACCCCAAGAUCCGGCCCGUGGUCAUCGAGCUGCGCAUCGCAAACCAGGUGAUCUUCGUGACGCCGGCCGUGGAGGAAGCGCUGUACCACCUGCACCAGGAGCUGUCACUGUGGGAGCACCACAUCCUCGCAUUGCCGCGCAUACAGAGCCAGCGGUACCAGGUGGGCGUGCACUACGACAUCACGGAGGAUGAGCGCUGCUACCGCACGGCGCUCAAGCACAUGCCAGGCGGCGAGGGUGCGCUCUGCCAGGCCAACUCUGCCAUCAUCAUCACCUGCAUGGAGGUGGCCAAGUAUGUAAAGGAGUGGCUCCAGUACCAGAGCCUGUGGGACAUGCAGCCUGAGAACGUGUACGGGCGGCUGGGCGAGGACCUGCGGCUGUGGCAGAACAUGCUGCACGACAUUCGCCAGUCCCGCAGCACCUUCGACAACGCCGAGUCCAGCAAGGAGUUCGGGCCCGUUGUCGUUGACUACGGGCGGGUUCAGGCGAAGGUGAACCUGAAGUACGACUCGUGGCACAAGGAGGUGCUCAGCAAGUUUGGCCAAAAGCUCGGCCAGAAUAUGCAAGACUUCCACGCUCAGAUCUCCAAGUCGAGGCAGGAGCUGGAGCAGCACUCGGUGGACACGGCGAGCACCUCGGACGCCGUCACCUUCAUCACGUUCGUUCAGUCCCUCAAGCGCAAGAUCAAGAGCUUCGAGAAGCAAGUUGAGAUGUACAGCGGUGGCCAGCGCCUGCUGGAGAAGCAGCGCUUUCAGUUCCCGCCGUCGUGGCUCUACAUCGACAACAUCGAGGGCGAGUGGGGUGCCUUCAAUGACAUCAUGAAGCGCAAGGACACAGCCAUACAGCAGCAGGUGGCCAACCUGCAGAUGAAGAUCGUGCAGGAGGACCGUGCCGUGGAGUCGCGCACGGGGGAGCUGCUCGGCGAGUGGGAGCGCGGGAAGCCCGUCGGCGGGAGUCUGCGCCCCGAAGAGGCCCUGCAGACGCUGUCCAUCUACGAGGGCAAGUUCGGGCGACUCAAGGACGACCGCGACAAGUGCGCGCGCGCCAAGGAGGCACUGGAGCUACCCGACACGGGGGUGCUGAGCGGCAGUGAGGAGCGCAUGCAGGUGGCGCUUGAGGAGCUGCAGGAUCUUAAGGGCGUCUGGUCCGAGCUGUCCAAGGUGUGGGAGCAGAUGGAUCAGAUGAAAGAGCAGCCCUGGAUUUCUGUACAGCCGCGCAAGCUGCGACAGGCGCUAGAUGCUUUGGUGAACCAGCUGAAGAACUUCCCAGCUCGCCUGCGCCAGUACGCUUCCUAUGAGCAUGUCCAGAAGCUGCUCAAGGGCUACCUCAAGGUCAACGUGAUGGUGGUGGAGCUCAAGUCGGAAGCUCUCAAGGACCGCCACUGGAAGCAGCUGAUGAAGCGCCUGCGAGUCAGCUGGGUGCUGUCGGAGCUCACGCUUGGCCACAUCUGGGAGGCCGACCUUCAGAAGAAUGAGGCCAUCGUCAAGGACGUGCUGCUGGUGGCGCAGGGAGAGAUGGCGCUAGAGGAGUUCCUCAAGCAGAUAAAGGAGCUGUGGAACUCGUACGAGUUGGACAUGGUGAACUACCAGAACAAGUGCCGGAUCAUCCGCGGCUGGGACGACCUCUUCAACCGCGUGAAGGAAAACCUCAACAGUGUCGGCGCCAUGAAGCUCUCCCCCUACUACAAGGUGUUUGAGGAGGACGCCCUGAGCUGGGAGGACAAACUCAACCGCAUCCUGGCGCUCUUCGACGUUUGGAUUGACGUCCAGCGCCGCUGGGUCUACCUCGAGGGCAUCUUCACGGGCAGUGCCGAUAUCAAGAACUUGCUGCCAGUUGAGACCGGCCGCUUCCAGAGCAUCAGCACGGAGUUCCUGGCGCUCAUGAAAAAGGUGUCCAAGUCGCCACUCGUCAUGGAUGUGCUGAACAUCCAGGGUGUGCAGCGCUCUCUUGAGAGGCUCGCGGACCUCCUGGGAAAGAUCCAGAAGGCCCUGGGCGAAUACCUGGAGCGGGAGAGGGCGUCCUUCCCAAGGUUCUACUUUGUUGGUGACGAGGACCUCCUGGAGAUCAUUGGCAACAGCAAGAACGUGGCGAAGUUGCAGAAGCACUUCAAGAAGAUGUUCGCCGGCAUCGCCGCUAUCCUGCUGGACGAAAACGACGGCGAGAUCCUGGGUAUUGCCUCCCGGGAGGGCGAAGAGGUCAUCUUCAAGACGCCCGUGUCGAUCGUGAAGCACCCAAAGAUUAACGAGUGGCUCACCCUCCUGGAGAAAGAGAUGAGGGUGACGCUGGCUCGCCUGCUGGCCGAGGCCGCCACGGAGCUGUGCACGCUCAGCAAGGAGAGGCCUAUCAACCCGGCCGCCUACCUCUCCUGGAUCGACAUGUACCAGGCCCAGCUCGUGGUUCUGUCGGCACAGAUCGCGUGGUCUGAGAGCGUGGAGAAUGCACUGAACACGGUGGCUGCCGGGGGGCAGCCUGACGACCAGGGCCCGCUCUCGGCCGUGCUGACCAACGUCGAGGCCACGCUCACCGUCCUCGCUGACUCCGUGCUCAUGGAGCAGCCCCCGCUCAGACGCAGGAAGCUCGAACACUUGAUCACGGAACUUGUGCACCAGCGCGACGUGACGCGCAUGCUGCUGCGCAGCAAAGUCAACAACCCCAAGUCCUUCGAGUGGCUCAGCCAGAUGCGAUUCUACUUUGACCCUAAGCAGUCGGAGGUGCUGCGGCAGCUGUCAAUCCACAUGGCCAAUGCCAAGUUCAACUACGGCUUCGAGUACCUGGGCGUACAGGACAAGCUGGUGCAGACGCCGCUAACUGACCGCUGCUACCUCACCAUGACGCAAGCUCUGGAGGCUCGGCUCGGGGGAUCGCCCUUUGGGCCUGCCGGGACAGGCAAAACGGAGUCCGUGAAGGCCUUGGGCAAUCAGCUCGGGCGCUUCGUGCUCGUCUUCAACUGCGAUGAGACCUUCGACUUCCAGGCUAUGGGCCGCAUCUUCGUAGGGCUGUGCCAGGUAGGCGCGUGGGGCUGCUUCGACGAGUUUAACCGCCUGGAGGAGCGCAUGCUGUCGGCUGUGUCGCAGCAAGUGCAGUGCAUCCAGGAAGCACUGCGGGAGCACGCCAACCCCAGCCGCACGCGCGAAUCGCCGCCGGUCACGUGCGAGCUGCUCAGCAAGCAGGUGAAGGUGAGCGCCGAGAUGGCCAUCUUCAUCACCAUGAAUCCGGGCUACGCCGGCCGCUCCAACCUGCCCGACAACCUGAAGAAGCUCUUCCGCAGCCUGGCCAUGACCAAGCCCGACCGGCAGCUCAUCGCACAGGUCAUGCUCUACUCGCAGGGCUUCCGCACAGCCGAGGUGCUCUCCAACAAGAUCGUGCCCUUCUUCAAGCUUUGUGACGAGCAGCUCUCUUCCCAGAGCCACUACGACUUUGGGCUACGUGCCCUCAAGAGCGUCCUCGUCAGCGCCGGAAACGUGAAGCGCGAGCGCAUCCAGCGCAUCAAGCGCGACAAGGUGGAACGCGGCGAGGAGGUGGACGAGGGCCAGAUCGCUGAGAACCUGCCCGAGCAAGAGAUCCUGAUACAGAGCGUGUGUGAGACGAUGGUGCCCAAGCUGGUGGCGGAGGACAUCCCUUUGCUCUUCUCGCUGCUGUCGGACGUGUUCCCCGGCAUUCCGUACCACCGCGGCGAGAUGGACGCCCUGCGCCAGGAGCUGCGCAAGGUCUGCCUGGAGAUGCACCUGACGUACGGCGACGGAGAGGAGAUUGGCAGCAUGUGGGUGGAGAAGGUUCUGCAGCUGUACCAGAUCACACAGAUCAACCACGGCCUCAUGAUGGUCGGCCCGUCGGGCAGCGGCAAGUCCAUGGCGUGGCGCGCCCUGCUCAAGGCCCUGGAACGGCUCGAGGGAAUGGAGGGUGUGGCCCACAUCAUCGACCCCAAGGCGCUGAGCAAGGACCACCUGUACGGCACGCUGGACCCCAACACUCGCGAGUGGACUGACGGCCUCUUCACGCACAUCCUGCGCAAGAUCAUCGACAACGUGCGCGGGGAGCUGCACAAGCGGCAAUGGAUUGUGUUCGACGGCGAUGUGGACCCCGAGUGGGUGGAGAAUCUCAACUCUGUGCUGGACGACAACAAGUUGCUCACGUUGCCCAACGGAGAGCGCCUCAGCCUUCCGCCCAACGUACGGGUGAUGUUCGAAGUGCAAGACCUCAAGUACGCCACGCUGGCCACGGUGUCGCGCUGCGGCAUGGUGUGGUUCAGCGAGGACGUGCUCAGCGCCGACAUGGUGUUCAACCAGUUCCUGACUCGCCUGCGCAACGUGCCGCUCGACGAGGGUGACGAGGACACCCAGCGGCGACCCAAGGUGGUCGAGGAGGAGGAGACCGAGGCCCUGUCGCCCAUGCUGCAGAUCCAGCGCGACGUGGCGUCGGUGCUGCAGCCAUUCUUCGCGUCGGGCAGCCUGGUGAUCAAGUCGCUGGAGCACGCGUCGCGGCUCGAGCACAUCAUGGACUUCACGCGCCUGCGCUGCCUGGGCUCGCUCUUUUCGCUGCUGCACCAGGCGUGCCGCAACGUGGCGCUCUACAACGCCAACCACCCAGAUUUCCCCAUGCCCUUCGAGCAGCUCGAGAAGUACAUUCAGCGCUACCUCGUGUACUCCAUCCUAUGGUCCUUUUCUGGUGACGGAAAGCUCAAGAUCCGCUCAGAGCUGGGCGACUACAUCCGUCGGGUGACCUCCAUUCCACUGCCAUCAACUACCAACGUACCCAUUAUUGACUACGAGGUGUCGAUCUCAGGCGAGUGGGUACCCUGGCAAGCGAAGGUCCCGCACAUCGAGGUGGAGACCCACAAGGUGGCGGCGCCCGAUGUGGUGGUGCCCACGCUGGACACCGUUCGCCACGAGGCGCUGCUCUACACGUGGCUCGCCGAGCACAAGCCGCUCGUGCUGUGCGGUCCGCCUGGCUCCGGCAAGACCAUGACACUGUUCAGCGCGCUGCGGGCACUGCCCGACAUGGAGGUGGUCGGUCUCAACUUCUCGAGUGCCACCACCCCGGAGCUGCUGCUCAAGACAUUCGACCACUACUGCGAGUACCGGCGCACACCCAACGGCAUGGUGCUGGCGCCCGUGCAGCUUGGCAAGUGGCUGGUGCUCUUCUGCGACGAAAUCAACCUGCCUGACAUGGACAAGUACGGCACGCAGCGCGUGCUCACCUUUAUCCGCCAGAUGGUGGAGCAUGGAGGUUUCUACCGCACAUCGGACCAAACAUGGGUGAAGCUCGAGAGGAUACAGUUCGUCGGCGCGUGCAACCCGCCCACCGACCCUGGCCGGAAGCCUCUGUCGCACAGGCUCCUGCGCCACGUGCCGGUAGUGUACGUCGACUACCCGGGACCCGCAUCGCUCACACAGAUCUACGGCACUUUCAACCGCGCCAUGCUGCGCCUCAUCCCGGCACUGCGGGCCUUCGCCGAGCCCCUCACUGCCGCCAUGGUCGAGUUCUACACCAUGUCGCAGGAGCGCUUCACACAGGACAUGCAGCCACACUACAUCUACUCUCCGCGCGAGAUGACGCGCUGGGUGCGCGGAAUCGUCGAGGCCCUGCGGCCGCUUGAGAGCCUCCCCGUCGAAGGCCUCGUCCGCAUCUGGGCCCACGAGGGCCUGCGCCUCUUCCAGGACCGCCUCGUGGACGAUGAGGAGAGGCGCUGGACGGACGAGAACAUCAACAUGGUGGCGCUGAAGCACUUCCCCAACAUCGACCGCAAGCAGGCGUUGGAGAGGCCCAUUCUCUACAGCAACUGGCUAUCCAAGGACUACGUGCCUGUGGAGCAAGAGGAACUGCGCGAGUACGUCAAGGCGCGCCUCAAAGUCUUCUACGAGGAGGAGUUGGACGUCCCUCUUGUGCUCUUUAAUGAGGUCCUUGAGCACGUGCUCCGCAUUGACAGGAUCUUCCGCCAGCCACAGGGCCACCUGCUGCUCAUCGGCGUGAGCGGUGCUGGGAAGACCACGCUGUCGCGCUUCGUGGCCUGGAUGAACGGCCUGAGCGUCUACCAGAUCAAGGUUCACCGCAAGUACACCGGCGAGGACUUCGAUGAGGACCUGCGCAAUGUGCUGCGUCGCGCCGGCUGCAAGAACGAGAAGAUUGCCUUCAUCAUGGACGAGUCUAACGUGCUGGACUCGAGCUUCCUCGAGCGCAUGAACACCCUGCUCGCCAACGGCGAGGUGCCGGGUCUGUUUGAGGGAGACGAGUAUGCGGCGCUCAUGACCGGCUGCAAGGAGGGAUCUCAGAAGGAGGGCCUCAUGCUUGACUCGCACGAGGAGCUGUACCGCUGGUUCACCAGCCAGGUCAUGCGCAACCUGCACGUGGUGUUCACCAUGAACCCGUCCUCCGAGGGGCUGAAGGAUCGCGCCGCUACCUCGCCCGCGCUGUUCAACAGGUGCGUGCUCAACUGGUUUGGCGACUGGUCAAACGAGGCGCUGUACCAAGUGGGCAAGGAGUUUACGAGCAAGAUGGACCUCGAGAAGCCGAACUACGUGCCGCCGGACAGCAUGCCGGCCGCGUACGACAACCUCCCGCAGCCGCCGUCGCACCGCGAGGCCAUCGUCAACGGAUUCGUGUUCGUGCACCAGACGCUGCACGAGGCGAACCUGCGCCUCACCAAGAGGGGCAACCGGACGACAACCAUCACGCCGCGCCACUACCUGGACUUCAUCAACCACUACGCAAACCUCCUGAACGAGAAGCGCAGCGAGCUCGAGGAGCAGCAGAUGCACCUCAACGUGGGCCUGCGCAAGAUCAAGGAGACCGUCGACCAGGUGGAGGAGCUGAGGAAGGAUUUGUCGAUCAAGUCGCAAGAGCUCGAGGCGAAGAACACGGCGGCCAACGACAAGCUGAAGAAGAUGGUGAAGGACCAGCAGGAGGCGGAGAAAAAGAAGGUCAUGAGCCAGGAGAUCCAGGAGUCGCUGCACAAGCAGCAGGCGAAGAUCGCCGAAAAGAAGAUCAGCGUGCAGGAGGACCUGAACCAGGUGGAACCGGCCGUCAUCGACGCCCAGAACGCGGUGAGCUCGAUAAAGAAGCAGCACCUGGUGGAGGUGCGCUCCAUGGGCAACCCCCCGGCCGCCGUCAAGCUGGCUCUUGAGUCCAUCUGCCUGCUGCUCGGAGAGGAGACCAACGACUGGAAGAAGAUCCGCCAGGUCAUCAUCCGCGAGAACUUCAUCACCUCCAUCGUCAACUUCAACACGGAGGAGAUCAGUGACGUGACCCGUGACAAGAUGAAAAAGAAUUUCCUGUCGAACCCGAGCUACAACUACGAGAUGGUGAACCGUGCGUCGCUGGCCUGCGGACCCAUGGUGAAGUGGGCCAUCGCCCAGUUGAACUACGCGGACAUGCUGAAGCGCGUGGAGCCACUCCGAAAUGAGCUGCUCAAGCUGGAGGAGGACGCGCAGGAGAACCAAGUGCGGGCGGACGAGGUGGAGCGCAUGAUCCGCCAGCUGGAGGACAGCAUCGCACGCUACAAGGAGGAGUACGCGCUGCUCAUCUCGCAGGCUCAGGCCAUCAAGGCCGACCUCGCCACCGUCGAGGCCAAGGUGAACCGCAGCACAGCGCUGCUGAAGAGCCUGGCGGCGGAGCAGGACCGCUGGGAGCAGACGAGCGAGACCUUCAAGAGCCAGAUGUCCACCAUCGCCGGGGACUGCCUCCUGUCGGCCGCAUUUGUAGCCUACGCCGGCUACUUUGACCAGCAGAUGCGUCAGAUGCUCUUCACCACCUGGACUCACUACCUGCAGCAGGCCAACCUGCAGUUCCGCUCGGACAUCGCACGCACCGAGUACCUCUCAAACGCCGACGAGAGGCUCCGCUGGCAGGCGAACUCGCUACCUUCCGACGACCUGUGCACGGAGAACGCCAUCAUGCUGAAGCGCUACAACAGGUACCCUCUCAUCAUCGAUCCAUCGGGCCAGGCGACCGAGUUCAUCAUGAACGAGUUCAAGGAUCGUAAGAUCACGCGCACCAGCUUCCUGGACGACGCCUUCCGCAAGAACCUGGAGAGCGCCCUGCGCUUCGGGAAUCCCCUGCUUGUGCAGGACGUUGAGAGCUAUGACCCGAUCCUGAACCCGGUGCUGAACCGGGAGGUGCGGCGCACAGGCGGCCGCGUGCUUAUCACGCUCGGCGACCAGGACAUCGACCUGUCGCCGUCCUUCGUCAUCUUCCUCUCCACCCGAGAUCCCACGGCCGAGUUCCCGCCGGACCUGUGCUCGCGCGUGACCUUCGUGAACUUCACGGUGACGCGCAGCAGCCUUCAGAGCCAGUGCCUCAACGAGGUGCUCAAGGCUGAGCGACCGGACGUGGACGAGAAGCGCUCCGACCUCCUCAAGCUGCAAGGCGAGUUCCAGCUGCGUCUGCGGCAGCUGGAGAAGUCGCUGCUACAGGCGCUGAACGAGGUAAAGGGGCGCAUCCUCGAUGACGACACCAUCAUCACGACGCUGGAGAACCUGAAGCGCGAGGCGGCCGAGGUGACGCGCAAGGUCGAGGAGACUGACGUGGUGAUGGCCGAGGUGGAGGCCGUGUCGCAGCUGUACCUGCCCCUGUCCAAGGCCUGCAGCUCCAUCUACUUCACCAUGGAGUCCCUCAAUCAGAUCCACUUCCUGUACCAGUACUCGCUGCAGCUGUUCCUGGACAUCUACCAUGCGGUUCUGUAUGAGAACCCGCGGCUGCAGGGGGUGCGCGACCACACAGCUCGGCUCGACACCAUCACCAAAGACCUCUUCCAAGUUGUGUACAGCCGCGUGUCUCGUGGGAUGCUGCACCAGGACCACGUCUCCCUGGCCGUGCUGCUCGCCCGCAUCAAGCUCAAGGGCACCACCAGUGAGCCGUCGUACGAUGAGGAAUUUCAGCACUUCCUGCGCGGGAAGGAGGUUGUGCUGAACACUGCGAACCUCCCCAAGGUGAAGGGUCUCUCAGCCGAGCAGACAGAGGGUAUGAUGCGCCUGAGCCGCGUGCCAGCCUUCAACAACCUGCCGCUGCAUGUGAAGGCCGACGAGCAAUUCUACAUCUGGCUGGAGAUGGGCUCACCCGAGCACAUGGUCCCCACCGUGUGGGACGUGGAUACGCCGCUCACCCCCUGCGGCCAGGCCAUGUACCAGCUGCUGGCGAUCCAGGCCUUCAGGCCAGACCGCCUGCUUGCCAUGACACACCUGUUUGUGGGCAAGGUGUUUGGCGACGCUUUCGCAUCCGAGCAGCAGAUGGACCUGGGUGCCAUCGUGGACGCGGAGGUGAAGCCCGGCACGCCGGUGCUCAUGUGCUCAGUGCCCGGUUACGAUGCCAGCGGGCAGGUGGAGGAUCUCGCGACGGAGCAGAGCAAACCACUCACCUCCAUCGCCAUUGGCUCCGCCGAAGGCUUCAACCAGGCAGAGAAGGCCAUUAACUCCGCCGUCAAGUCUGGCAGGUGGGUGAUGCUCAAGAACGUUCACCUGGCGCCCGGCUGGCUCAUGCAGCUGGAGAAGAAGCUGCACUCGUUGCAGCCCCACACCAACUUCCGCCUUUUCCUCACCAUGGAGAUCAACCCCAAGGUUCCGGUGAACCUGCUGAGGGCUGGCCGCAGCUUUGUGUUUGAGCCUCCGCCUGGCGUCAAGGCCAACAUGCAGCGCACACUGAGCAGCGUGUCGGCCGCUCGCAUGUGCAAGGCCCCGGGCGAGCGGGCGCGACUCUACUUCCUGGUGGCGUGGUUCCACGCUGUGGUGCAGGAGCGCCUGCGCUACGCGCCGCUCGGCUGGGCCAAGAAGUACGAGUUCAGUGACUCCGACCUGCGCUCAGCGUUCGACACGGUCGACACGUGGCUCGACGAUACCGCCAAGGGCCGGCAGAACAUCUCGCCGGACAAGGUGCCGUGGACGGCGCUCAGGACCCUCAUGUCGCAGUCGAUCUACGGCGGCCGCAUCGACAACGAGUUCGACCAGCGGCUGCUCAACACCUUCAUCAAUCGGCUCUUCACGACGGCGAGCUUCGACGGUGACUUCCGGCUCGUCCGGAUGGUGGACGGGAAAUCCGACAUCCUCAUGCCGGACGGCAUACGGCGGGAGGAAUUUGUGCAGUGGGUGGAGAUGUUGCCCGACAACCAGACGCCAUCCUGGCUCGGUCUCCCCAACAAUGCCGAGAAGCUUCUGCUCACCACGCAAGGCACGGACAUGCUGAGCAAGCUGCUCAAGAUGCAGCUUCUGGAGGACGAGGAGGACCUGGCUCAUCAAGUACCCGAGAAGAAGCGGCGCCCCAGCUCCACGUCGGACAGCCGCCCCGCGUGGAUGCGCACGCUGCACACGACGGCGCUCAAUUGGCUGGGCCUCGUGCCGGACGCGGUGGGGCUCCUCAAGCGCACCGUUGAGAACAUCAAGGAUCCGCUCUUCCGCUUCUUCGAGCGCGAGGUGAACACGGGCAUGAAGCUGCUGCAGGUGGUGCGCGGGGACCUUAAGGACGUAGUGCAUGUGUGCGAGGCCAAGAAGAAGCAGACCAACUACCUGCGCACGCUCAUCAGCCAGCUCGUCAAGGGCAUAAUUCCGCGUAGCUGGGGGCUGUACACGAUUCCCGCCGACAUGACGGUGCUGCAGUGGGUGUCUGACUUCAGUGAUCGCGUCAAGCAGCUGCAGCACAUCUCAGAGCGUGCGGCGAGCGGCGGCGCCAAGGAGCUCAAGAACCUGCACGUGUGGCUGGGUGGCUUGUUCGUGCCGGAGGCGUACAUCACGGCCACGCAGCAGUACGUGGCGCAGGCCAACAGCUGGUCACUGGAGGAGCUGGCGCUGGAGGUGUCUGUGACGAGCCUCCAGCACGCCGCCCUCGACUCCUGCAGCUUUGGCGUGACAGGCUUGAAGCUGCAGGGGGCCGCGUGCAACAACAACAAGCUGUCGCUGUCCUCCGCCAUCUCCUCCGACCUGCCCCUGACGCAGCUGCGCUGGAUCCGACAGACGUUGGCUCAGGCCAAAACAAACCUGGUGACGCUGCCCGUGUACCUGAACUUCACGCGCGCCGACCUCAUCUUCACCAUCGACAUGGAGAUCGCCACCAAGGAGGAACCGCACAGCUUCCACGAGCGUGGCGUCGCCGUGCUGUGCGCCGAGUGAAUCCCCCCACAACCUGCUGCCUUGCCCCGUCGCGUUCUCCCGUGCACGCCGUCGCCCGCCCAUGAAAUCCUUCCUCGUCUUCCGCUGCUGUCACACCCUUCACAUCGCCGCCACGAUUUGUCGUCGUCACCCCCUCGUCGACACCAUCAAUAAUAUUGCUCUCGACUUUCCAUCCCUACAUUUUUGCAAGACUGGCGUUCACCACAUCCCUCUAUUUUCAGCAUCGGCGCUGUAUAGUCACCAUUGACUCUCCCCUAAUAAGAUCGUCACUACCGUAUCCUCGACAUCAACGCUAUUGUUCCCUUCACUAACAAUUCCUGUCCACCUCACCACUCCACCAUUCCCUCUUCACCUUUCACAUGGUCAAUAUGCCAUCUAUACCUUCACUUCUAUAAACAACAUCACUUCUCCAUAUCUCCACUUUGCCAUCAACUCAUUCACCACCCCAUCUCUCCUCACCAAAAACACCCAUCACCACCACCCCUUUUUCACCAAUCCCUGCACACCAUCAGUACCAUCAUCCUUUUCUCACCACCCUCAUUUCUGGUCGUGCAAUACUCACACUCCAGAAACCCCCAAAGGGGGGUGGGAACUGUUCUUUGUUCUCAGAGCGGCGUCAUGUGGGUACUGCGACACCUUACUGGGCACGUUGAUGGUCAGGCCGUGACCGGGAAAACCUCCUGCUAACAUUUGUAGCAUUAGUACUUGACCAAUAAUAUUCUGAAUUCCCUGACGAGCCAGACGAGUGGCUCUGCUGGCGAGUGCCUGGUUACAUGUUCUGUACGCUCCGGAGACUCAGACUCCAGAGCUGGUUUGGGUUUUUUUUUAUAUCAGAAGGAUCAGAGUAAGUGUUUGUGAAGGUUUGAGAUGAGAUGUUGAUUGAUUUCAAUUUCCCUUCCUUGGGGAUUUUUUUUAAAGAUUGACACGAGAGUGGUUGCAGCAAAUAGGCGCAAAAUCGGCACAACAGCUACAUUUUGGAGGCUGCCAUAUCAAUGACCGUUCACCUGUAGAGAUUUAUUCAGGCCAUAACAUUCUGUUUUUAUUAUUUUCCAUAGCGAUGCAAGAGUAGUCCUCUCACCCCAAUUGUAACCCUAUCGUGCUUUUGGUCAUUGCAGUGGAGAAAAAAUAAAUGAAAUUCUGUGGAGGUGGUUUCGUUGAAUAGAAGCCAAAUGAGGAGAUCCCUUUCAUUUUCACAUCGAUGGAAAUGAAUUGCGGGUCGCUGUUAUUGAUCUCGCUGAAAGUGAUCGGUCAUCACUUUGGUCAUUAUCUGAAAGUGAUGGUCUCUGUCUGAAAGAUCCCUAUAGAAGUGAUUACCAGUUGUGUUUGCAGCAGCAUACUUGACCGGUUUUACAAAGAUUAUGCCAUUUUUGAAGCGCCACAUGCCAUUUUAGUAGACGUGUAACGAUUCAACGAUUAAAAUUUAUUAAUUUGUUCACAAUACGUUUAUCAAAUAAUGCAGGUAAGAAUCGUAAUUUUGAUUCGUAUACAUUUGAAUUAUUGAGUCCUUAUAAACCUUGCAGACAAUUCGAGGCUUGAUGUUUACAAAAAUUAGAAAAAUGCGAUUAUCGAAUCAAAUCGCAACCCCCGACUCAUGUAACUUCAUCGCAUUAUGGGGGGAGGGGAGUUUAGCGAAUUGUUACACGGCUACCAAUUGGUCGAUUGUAGGAAAUCGGUCACCAGCCAGCUUGUUCAAAGUUUCUGCCGAGUUCCUACAGGGACUGCGGCGUUAUUAUCGUCUCGUGAACCCCACCGCUGCUGGAGAGCAGUGUCUGGGUGCUGGAGAGUUAGGAGAGUGUUGGCAUUUGGCAAGUUUCCGUUCUGAGUUUUGUCUCUAGAAAUAAUGAGUGAGAAGGUUUGAGGUGUCAGUCCGCAGAUUGUUCAGAGAGGUCCAUCGGAAUUUUUAACCAAGGCAAUUAUAACCGCUUUUUCUUCAGAUAUUACCUAAUAAAUUGCUAUCCCUGCAA